AGGUUGAAAUGGAGACUCGGCUAUGGUGUUGGAGCGGGAAAGAGUCCGGCAACAGUGGGCCUCCGCCCUCCGGCCAUUUUCUCCAAUCUCCGCUCCGAUCCCCCAACCGCUCUUCGGGUCCGAAGUAAACAAUCACCCGUUUCGGUACCUCCGUCUCAGGGCGUUGUUCUCAUGACAGCACCCGAGUCCCUUGAUUCCCAAGUCGACACAUCACCUACCAGCAGCUAUGGAUGAAGUACUAAGUCGCCUGGUCGACAAGGCCUGGGCCACGUACCUUGACACGCCAGAAAACACUCGUUGUUUAAUCGCCCUCGGCGGCAUCCCCGGCUCUGGCAAAACCACCCUCUCAGCCCGCCUGACCGCAUCGCUCAACGCCCGACAUGCCGCCACCUCACCGCCCGGCACACCCGGCGUCGCAGUCUUCCUACCCAUGGACGGCUUCCACUACGCGCGCGCCCAGCUCGACGCCAUGCCCGACCCAGCGACGGCCCACGCCCGCCGCGGCGCCGAGUUCACCUUUGACGGCACAGCCUUUCUGCGGCUGGUGCAGCGUUUAAAUGAGCCGCUGACCGACACUACACCAACCGUCUUCGCGCCAUCAUUCGACCACGCGCUGAAAGACCCCAAGGAGGACGACAUAGCCGUUGAGAGGACCCAUCGGAUUGUCGUGCUCGAGGGGAACUACCUCCUCCUAGACAAACACCCCUGGUCCCUCGCCUCUUGCCACUUCUCCCUCAAGAUCUUUGUCUCUGUCGCGCCGCAACUCGCCCGCGCCCGCCUCGUGGCACGCCAUCUCGCAGCGGGGCUCUGCUCCACGCCAGCCGAGGCCGACCAGCGCGCAGUCGAGAACGAUCUGCCCAACGGAAAGGAAAUUGUCCGGCUGCUGAUCAAGGACGUGGACGACGUCGUCGAGAGUUGCGAGGAUGACGGGUGGGCUGGGUAGGUUAGGCGGUUGACCUGGAUAGAGGAAAGGGUUUGGGUUUAGUUAGGUAACGUUUCUCAUGGAAAGAAAGACGACAGGGCGUUAAGGGGGGCAGACAAUGUUUGCUGGUCUAGUUUGAUACUCCACCUGUUUCCGCUCAUUUCUGUCCUC